AUGGCAAUUCAUUACGGAUUUAUCGGCCUGGGCGCAAUGGGAUACCCUAUGGCCCUCAAUAUCCGUCGGAAGGCCUCACCGGAAAGCACGUUAUACAUUUACGAUGUCCAUUCUCCAUUCUGUGAAAAGUUUGUGGCGGAGAAUUCAUCUUAUGGGCCUAUCAAGGUUGUGUCUUCCGCGCGAGAAGUCGCGGACAUGGCCGAUAUCAUCAUCUCAAUAAUUCCGGCGGCUUCACAUGUAAAAACUGUUUAUCUAGAUGCGAAGAAUGGUAUUAUUGCGGCGAAGAGCAACCAAAAACGGCUGAUGUUAGAAUGUAGCACAAUUGAUGCACAAACAGCCAGGGAUGUUGGAAACGCAAUACUGGAUGCUAGUAGUGGGAUAUAUAUUGACACACCAGUCUCGGGUGGAGUGCCUGGUGCGCUUGCAGGAACGCUCUCCUUUAUGAUAGGAUCACAGGAACCCAGCGCAGGCUUCGACAUCCACCCACAGCUCGAGGCCACCAUGAGCUUGAUGGGAACCCCAUCCAAGUUCUUUUAUUGCGGAAAGCUUGGAGCAGGCCUCGCUGCCAAAAUCAGCAACAACUAUCUUUCGGGAACGAUUCUUCUGGCCAGUGCUGAAGCGAUGGCAAUUGGGAUUAAGUCCGGCAUUGACAAACACCUCCUCUACAAAGUCAUACACAAUUCUACGGGUCAGAGCUUUAUGUGUGACCAUGUGAAUCCCGUUCCAGGGGUAGUGGCGCAUGCUCCCGCAAGUCGGGAUUAUGAAGGUGGUUUCAAAGCCCAAAUGAUGGUCAAAGAUAUGACGUUAGGUGUUGAUGCGGCAGCGGCUGUGGGCAUCAAGCCGAGUACAGGACAGGCGGCUCUAGAAUUAUACAAGGAGGCUGCAGUGGAUUCAAGAUGUAUUGAUAGAGAUGUCUCGGUGGUAUAUCGUUUCUUAAAUGGCCCGGAGUAA